UUAGCCAAACACAGAAUUCGCCAUAACAAGGACGCCGAAAUCGAAGAUCACUCCAGACUUCUCUCUGCGUGUCGUCCUUCCUCCGUCCACAAGUUCUUCUGGUCUGCGUUGGCAUAACCGCAAAAAGCGCUAUGCUGAAUUCUCGUACCAUUACUCCAUUAGCACCAUCAAUUCCCUCUAUAAAAACUCUUCCUUUUCUGUUCUUGCGGCCUUUCAUCGUAUGCUCUGUGAGUUUUUUCUGAUCUAAUAAUGGCUGCUUCAGCGGAGAUUGGUAGCAUUCUGGCGGGAACGAUACCGAGUGGAGGGGAUCACGCCGGCCUAGCUUUUUCCCGACAUGUAAGCCGCGCUGUUGCUGUGAGCAGAGGGUGGUCGCGCUCGUCGUUGUCAUUCCUGGGAGGCAUGGUGGUUAGAUCGGAGAGGGCGGUGGAGAAGAGCGAGGGGACGGCUGUAUCGGCAUCUGUCAAUGGGCCGGCGAGUGUGUUAGGUGAGCAAAAAACAAGCAACAUGGGGGUGUUUACGAAUUCUCGAAGAAAAACAAAGAUUGUGUGCACAAUAGGGCCUUCUACAAGUUCACGUGAAAUGAUAUGGAAGCUUGCUCAAAAAGGAAUGAAUGUUGCACGGCUGAAUAUGUCACAUGGAGAUCAUAAAUCACAUCAGAAAACUAUUGAUUUGGUUAGAGAGUAUAAUGCUCAGUCCGAAGAUAAUGUCAUUGCAAUAAUGUUAGAUACAAAGGGGCCUGAAGUUAGAAGUGGAGAUGUACCCCAGCCCAUUUUACUUGUGGAAGGCCAGGAGUUCAAUUUCACCAUCAAAAGAGGAGUCAGCACUGAGAAUACUGUUAGCGUAAACUAUGAUGGCUUCAUAAAUGAUGUGGAUGUUGGAGACAUUAUAUUGGUUGAUGGUGGGAUGAUGACACUAUCUGUGAAGGAAAAAACUGUUGAUGUUGUUAAAUGCAAAGUAAUUGAUGGUGGAGAGCUUAAAUCUAGACGCCAUUUGAAUGUUCGAGGGAAAAGUGCUACCUUGCCAUCUAUAACAGAAAAGGAUUGGGAAGAUAUUAAAUUUGGGGUGGACAACAAAAUUGACUUCUAUGCAUUAUCAUUUGUAAAAGAUGCAAAAGUUGUUUGUGAAUUGAAAGAUUACCUCAAAAGUUGCAAUGCAGAUAUCCAUGUAAUUGUUAAGAUUGAAAGUGCUGAUUCAAUACCCAACCUCGAGUCUAUUCUAUCCGCGUCUGAUGGGGCCAUGGUGGCUCGUGGUGACCUUGGAGCUGAGCUUCCAAUAGAGGAAGUUCCACUGCUGCAGGAGGAGAUCAUUAGAAGAUGUCGCAGCAUGCAAAAGCCUGUUAUUGUCGCAACCAAUAUGUUGGAGAGCAUGAUUAAUCACCCAACCCCAACUAGAGCAGAAGUAUCUGAUAUAGCAAUUGCUGUGCGUGAAGGCACUGAUGCCGUAAUGCUCUCUGGAGAAACAGCCCACGGGAAGUAUCCCAUAAAAGCAGUUACUGUAAUGCACACCGUGGCAUUAAAAACUGAAUCAUCACAGUUGACUAGUAUUUCCCAUCCAAGUCUUGCUACAGAGGUCCUGGUUUCCCAUGGCGAGGAGUUUUUUCAAAGCCAUAUGAGUGCAAUGUUUGCAUUACAUGCCGCUAUAAUGAGCAAUACUCUUGGUACUUCUAUUAUUGUUUUCACCAGAACUGGGUCCAUGGCUAUACUUCUAAGUCAUUAUCGUCCAUCAUCAACUAUUUUUGCUUUUACUAAUGACAAAAGGAUUAAGCAGAGGUUGGCACUUUAUCAUGGAGUAUUACCUAUUUAUAUGAAGUUUUCUGAUGAUGCUGAAGAGACUUUCUCCAGAGCAACAAGCCGCUUAUUGAAUCAGGGAUUUCUAAAGAACGAAGAAUUUGUUACACUUGUUCAGAGUGGAACACACACUAUAUGGCGCGAGGAAUCCACACAUCACAUACAACUUCGGAAGGUUUGAAGAUGGCAUAGUCCUCAGGCAAUUUUCUCUCAAAAUUUUGCUCUCAGCUAGACAUUAUUAUUUGAUUAAAUUUUCAAUUAAAAUGUAAUUGAUAAACCUUUUUUUUUUUUAAUUUCUCUUAGUUCCAUUCCGUUCAAUGUUCAUGUAAAAUAGAAUUACUUUUGUGUUUUUACAGUGAGAAAUAAACUUGUUUGUUGCUGCCCA